AUGUUACCAUCACAAACACAUCUCAGGAGGAAAAGAUUUCAUGCGUGGGAAUAUUUAGAACAUGAUUUUCCAUCGGAUAUUCUUGAUUUUACAAAUGAACAAUUACCUAGUGGAUUUGAAUAUUUAAAACAAGAUAAUUAUUUCUUUUCGGAAUUUGAUAUGGCUUUUCCGAGUGGAAUUAGUGAUGAAAGUUUACCUAAUGAUAUACCAGACCAACUAUUUGAUGGAAUUAAUUUAUGUGAGGAAUUGUGGGAAAACACUCUUCUUUGUCAACUAAAGAAAAAGUAUGAUAAAUUUUGUCAAAAGGAUAUUGCUGCCUUUUUGAAAUGUAAAUUAAAGAGAGACCAUCAGAUUAGAAUUAGAGCGAUUGAAUUUGAAACAUUCAAAAUGACACAAGAAAGUCAAAGUGAAAUUUCUAAACGAAAGGAGCUAGUAGAUAAAAAGAUUACUCAAGUUGAAAAUCAAUUGGCAAAUUCAAUCAAGCCACCUUAUAGAGAUGUCUGCCAAGAACAAUUACAUUUAAAUGAUUUACAAUUUUUAGAAUUGAGAAAAUAUUACAUUGAAAAGUCUCUGAAAUCAGAUUAG